AUGUUUUUCAAAUUCAAGCCUAGGACUCAUCUUUGUUUGUUAAAGCCACAUUUGGAAGCUAAGGUCAACGAAAAUCAAGAACGUAUCAUUCAGACAAGGAACAAGGGGGUAACUCCCAGGAACUUUGAUGUGGGACAAAAGGUAUUCGUAAAAAGCGUCAGGAAUGAAAGGUCAAACUGGCUGCCUGGUAUUGUUGCAAAAAUUGUAAGUCCCAUGACCUAUUUAGUGAAGACCGAGGGCCGUACAAGAUUUGUUCAUGCCGACCACUUACGUGAGAACCAUGUGGUGUCAGAGGAUGAAGAGGAUACAAAAAUUCCAUGCCCAAUACCAACUACGCAAAUUAUUAAAUCACCCCCUGCAAGGCUGGAUGUAGGAAUUCCUGUACUUAGUACUCAGCCAGAGACAUCUGAUGUGCAAGAAAGUGUAUCCCCAUCCAACGAAGUCAAGAAUAAAAGUCCAGGCCCGCAUAAGAGUCCUAAGGUGCUUUUGCGUCGAUCUCAAAGAGAGCGGCGAGCGCCUACAAAAUUAGAUUGGUAA